GCAGAGACAGCAGCUGUCCCGACGCGCGGCCAGUUAGCUUGACACACGAUCUCUUGAGACCCGGCUGAGCCUUGGUGGGGGGAGGAGGGGGGGGGGGGUUGUUUAUCACGAAGUGGCGUCGUCUGCCGAGUCCAGCGAACGCGCCAGUCUUGACGACCAUCACGACCCCAGAACGGAACCUCGCUACGCGAUGCGUCGUUGUCUGUUGUUGUUCUUCGCGACCGCCGUUCUGGCCGCUGGCGCUGGUGUCGUCGGCGACUCUGCGAAUCCCGUGGUCAUCAACACCUGGCCGUUCACGAACGCAACGGCUAAAGCCUGGGAGACUCUGUACCUGAAGAAGCUGUCGGCGCUGGACGCUGUGGAGCGUGGCUGCUCGGUGUGCGAGGAGGAGCAGUGCGACGGGUCGGUCGGCUAUGGUGGCAGCCCUGACGAGGCCGGCGAGACCACGCUGGACGCCAUGAUCAUGGACGGGACGUCGAUGGACGCGGGCGCGGUGGGGGCGCUGCGGAGGGUGAAGCACGCGGUCUCGGUGGCCCGUCGGGUGCUGGAGAACACACGCCACACCCUGCUGGUGGGCGACCAGGCGACCCGGUUCGCGCUCGCCGUGGGCUUCAGCGAGGAGCCCCUGCAGACCAACCACUCCCGCGAGAUGUGGCGGCGGUGGCGCGACGGCCGCUGCCAGCCCAACUUCUGGACGAAUGUCUCGCCGGACCCGACGAAGCACUGCGGCCCGUACAAGCCGGACGGAGCGGCGGAGAAGACGGAGCAGCGGGGCGGAGGGACGUUUGGGGUCGAGGGCAAUCACGACACCAUCGGCAUGGUGGCGCUAGACCUGGAGGGCAAGAUGGCCGCGGGGACUUCGACCAACGGGGCUCGCUACAAGAUACCAGGGCGGGUGGGCGACUCCCCCAUCCCGGGGUCCGGAGCGUACGUGGACGGUGAAGUGGGCGGGGCCGCCGCCACGGGGGACGGGGACAUCAUGAUGAGGUUCCUGCCGAGCCUGGUGGCGGUGGAGCAGCUGCGAGCGGGCGCCGCCCCCAGCGCGGCGGGGGAGGUCGCCCUCGCACGCAUAGCGCGCCGCUACCCCUCCUUCACGGGCGCCGUGGUGGUGCUGAGCGCGGCGGGCCAGCACGGCGCCGCCUGCCACGGCCUGGGCUCCUUCAGGUUCUCCGUGGCCAGCCCCGCGCUGGGGGGCGUCGUCACGCAGGAGGUGCCGUGCAUCGACGCCGGGAGGCACUAGGGUCGCCGGCGUCUGCCGUGUUGGGAAAAAAAAACCUGAAUUCCCUACAUUUCUGUACUGCAACAUUUGGAAGAAUUAUACAUCGACAACUUGUUCA